UGCCCAUACCAGUCUUGGAGUCCCAUUUUGUCUGUCUCUCUUGACAGCACUCUUGGUACUAAAUCCUGUAUCUUUCAAGGUCUAGUCCAGAAAAGAAACCCACCAAGAGUAGUUAAUAUACAGAAAUCCUUGAAAAGGUUUUAGAGGACCAAAAAGAUGAAAAGAGAACACUGAGGUACAUGGAGGAACUUGGAAGAAGCUCCUCCAAAAUUGUGACUCAGAUCUCAGAGAGACAAGCGCUACACACAUGAAGCUUGUAUCGGGGUUCUUUGUGCUCUGAUGGCCCACCUCUUCCAGGACACAGAUCCAUAAAAGUCAGCUCUGCACACUAAGCAUCUCAGAGGGAGGAGCCGGACCAGCAGUGCUUCACACCCUGCCCUCUUCUGCCCCGGAAAGAUGGCUCCAUAAUGACAGCUCCAUAAUGGCAGUGGGUGAGGCCCUGGUGUACAUCAGAGUCACUCUUCUGCUACUCUGGGGAGGAGUGCCUCUGUUCAUUUCUGGCCACCCUCAGGCGAGGACCUCCCAGCCCUUGUCCCCAGAAUUGGUGAUCCCCUUGAAGGUGACCGGCAGGGGCAGAGGUAUAAAAGGUCCAGGCUGGCUCUCCUACAGCCUGCAGUUUGGGGGCCAGAGAUACAUUGUCCACAUGAGGGUCAAGAAGCUCUUGGUUUCCAAACACUUCCCAGUAUUCACCUACACAGACCAGCAUGCCCUCCUCCAGGAACAGCCUUUUGUUCCUGAUGACUGCUACUAUCAUGGUUAUGUGGAAGGAAUCCCUGAGUCCCUGGUUGCCCUCAGUACCUGUUCUGGAGGUUUUCGAGGAAUGCUACAGAUUAAUGACCUUGCUUAUGAAAUUAAGCCAAUGAGGCUAUCUGCCACAUUUGAACACCUGGUGUAUAAGAUGGACAGUAAUGAUACACAGUUCCCACCUAUGAGAUGUGGGUUAACAGAAGAGGAAGUAGCACGCCAUUUGCAGUUGAGGGCAUCAUCUAAUUCUACUCUGAUGCAAAGUUCUUACACAGGCUGGUGGACCCACUUGCGGUUUCUUGAGCUGGUAGUAGUUGUGGAUCAUCUUCUAUUCCUUUACUACAGAAGUAACGUGACAGUAGUACAGCGUGAAGUAUUUGAUAUUGUCAAUAUAAUAGGUACCUUUUAUUACCCUUUGGAGGUUGAUGUAAUUUUGACCGGGAUUGAAAUCUGGACCAGAAGAAACCUAGUUGUCACCAAUAACCUUGAUCAGCUUGUGGAAGACUUUUCUAUUUGGAAGUAUUUCAAUCUUGAUGCCCGACUACACUACGAUACUGCCCAUCUUUUCAUAAAAAAAUAUUUUGGCAUAAAGCUUGGAGUUGCCUACGUCGGAGGAAUAUGCCUCCGUCCUUUUAACAGUGGAGUUGAUGUUUUUUUAGGAAAUAGUCUGUAUUAUUUUGCACUUACUGUGACCCAUGAACUUGGUCAUAAUCUGGGAAUGUAUCAUGAUACUGAAGAAUGCGUGUGUGGGCUUCAAUGGUGCAUCAUGUAUCCCAGCCAGAAGUUGACAACUCGGUUCAGCAAUUGUAGUUAUGCCCAGUAUUGGGACAAUACUCUCACUCAUGGAUUAUGUAUUCAGUCACCUCCAUAUCCCGGGAAUAUCUUUAGGGUACAGUACUGUGGGAACCUGGUGAUCGAAGAAGAAGAAGAGUGUGAUUGUGGGACCGUACGCCAGUGUGUAAAUGAUCCCUGCUGUCUGUUAAACUGCACUCUGAAGCCUGGAGCUACUUGUACUUUUGGAAUUUGUUGCAAAGACUGCAAGUUCAUGCCAUCAGGGACUUUGUGCAGACAUCAGAUCAGUGAAUGUGACCUUCCAGAGUGGUGCAAUGGGACAUUCCAUCAAUGCCCAGAAGAUGUAUAUUUGCAGGACGGGAUUCCCUGUGGCGACGAUGCCUACUGCUAUAACGGGAGAUGUAAUAACCAUGACAACCAGUGCAGAGAGAUUUUUGGCAAAGAUGCAAGGGGUGCAUCUCAGAGUUGCUACAAAGAAAUCAACACUCAAGGAAAUCGAUUUGGUCACUGUGGUAUCACAGACCUAAUAUACGUAAAAUGUGAGGCCCCUGAUAUUCUUUGUGGAAGAGUGCAGUGUGAAAACGUGCGAGUGAUUCCUAACCUGGUACAACAUUCUACAGUGCAUCAGCUUCACUUCAACGACACGACUUGCUGGGGCACUGAUUAUCACUUAGGGAUGUCCAUACCUGAUAUUGGCCAAGUGAAAGAUGGCACAGUGUGUGGUCCAGAAAAGAUAUGCAUCCGCAAGAAGUGUGUCAACAUGACCCAUCCAUCACGAGACUGUCAGACCAAUGAGACGUGCCACAUGCAUGGGGUCUGCAAUAAUAAAGACCAUUGCCACUGCCACCUUGGAUGGGCGCCUCCCUACUGCAAGCACGCAGGCCAUGGAGGCAGUCUUGACAGCGGGCCACCUCCUGGGAAGCACAUGGUAUUGCCAGAAGCAAAGGCAAAGUUGGGUUACCUGUCAUCAUUGUGGCUUAUCCCUUUUACUGCUUUCGUUUUAUUUUGCUUUCUUGUACUUUGUAAGGAAGAAAAAAAGAGAGUGGGGGAAAGAAGAGGAACGCUAAGUCCCCUGCCUCAUUAAACAAAUCCCUAGUUGUUUUAAUGGUAAUGAAACAUUAGGGCAUGUCUGUCUGACUGUUUAAGGAAAAAUUUAAGGAUUCUUCAUAUCAGGAUCAUAAGCAUUAAGACCACACCAAGGGAUUUCUAGCUUGUACUUUCUUACUCUUCAUUGUUAUAAGCCAUAUUAAAA